ACCCAAUCAAAUUCAAUAUCUUUUCAUGAACUGAUAUAUACAGUUGCGGUAAAAAAUAUGGGCACAAAUUGAGGAGUAACACAAGUACUAAAAUCCCAUUGGUUUCUGAGUCUGAGGAUCAACAACAGGACAACUUAAUGGUGUCUACCACAGUUGCUUUAUAUGAGAAUUGAAGAAUGCAAAGAGUUGAAGCAUAUUAUUGAAGAUGAUUUGGAGAAUAAAAAUAAAUCCUCAAAUUUUAUGUCUACAACAAAGACAUGCUUCCCAAAGCUAGAACGGCUUGUAGUGAUAAAGUGCGACAUGUUGAAAUAUGUCUUUCCAGUCUCCAUAUGUAACGAGCUUCCUGAGCUAAAUGUUCUGAUCAUAAGAGAAGCAGAUGAGCUGGAUGAAAUAUUUGCAAGUGAAGGUCGUGAUGAGAAAGUCGAGAUUCCAAAUCUAGAAUAUGUAGUAUUUGAAAAUCUUCCAAGCCUCUGUCAUGCCCAAGGAAUUCACUUGAAAAUGAUCUUUCUAGUUUAUGUGAUUACAUCUACGGAAUUGAUGAAUGAACAAUCGAUGGACAAACAACGUCCACUUGGAGAAACUGAUAUUGCCGGCAAACCUUCUCAGGUUAGCGAAACAAGUGUUGAAGAAGAACUUAAAUUCACUGCGUAAUAGAUUCAAGGGUUGUGCCUACAACUUACUGGCUGAGCUAUUGAAAUUCCUUGAAACUCAUAGUGUCUUGGAUGUAUUAGGUUCAUGCCACUCUGAAUUUGUGGAGCUACUACUAGAUGCGCGCAACUUUGGUUUUGAUAAGGAUUGGUUGGAUAGUGUCGAAAGACGGGCUAUGUUUCCUGAUAUACAAAUAUCGCAAGACGCCAUGCAAACAUUAUUGGAUUCCAAGCAACAGGUUACCAAGGAAGUUGAAGUGUUGCAUUUGAAGAUAGAGAUUUUAAGUCAACAUGUGGAGGAUCUUAAGCAUCAAUUGACAUGCUCCAAAGCUGUUUUGAAGAAUAUAAUUCAACAAGAGGCAGUUUUAAGUGCCCUUAUUGGCUAUUAGACUAUAUUUUCUUGUACUUCUAUUUCAUCUUUGCUACUUUGUUAUACUUUUCAUUGUGGGAACCUUUGGGUGUAAAGUUUAGUCAUUUCUCAUCCAGAAU